GCUGUUUAGUCGUUGCAGCCGCGUCCAGUCCACUCCAGGAAGCAGCCGCGUCCAGUCCACUCCCGGAAGCAGCACCGUCAGACGGCGUCAGUCCCCCGCUACGACCAGCGCCGACCUCUGCCUGCAUCAUCACCGAGGAUGAUAUCCGGAGCGAGCAUCGCCGACUUCAACCCUCCUCCAAGGCCAAUCGGAGCUUCAUGCAGCGCUGCACCGCUGUCCAUCCUCUGCGGAAGCAAGGGUGCGAUAAGUGGUAGCCAAGGGACGGCAGUGCCGAGCUAGGCGCCCCUUCUCUUGCGCAUUCUUGUGCUUUGGCUUUCCAACUUCUCUGAGCUUUGCUGUCUCUCCUUCGUCACUUCAAGGAGUGGCCCCAUGGGACGAGCCUUGUUCCGACCGGUGGGGAAUUAACCAGUCAAGGUGACGUUUUCUGCGUCUUCUGCAUUUGAGUAGACUAAGUGCGGAAACAAGGACCGAAACCAGGGCGGCGGAUCGGCCGGCUGCGUCUUCUGCGGUUAUUUGCGGAGUGGCUUCGUUUUUCCAGAGCUUGCCGUUUCGAUCGAAGUGCUUGAUCCGUCGACUCCAGAGCACACAAGACGCGCUGACGGCAGCGCGGACAGAAACCACAUGAUGGCAUCUUUUUCUGCUCAACGUCGUUCUUGUCCGGCGUGCAUCUCCUCGUUGCUCGUGUGUGCGUGGUUGAUCCUUGCUCUGGCAGGAUGCGUUUCCCCGUCGUCGUUGUCUUCCUCGCCCCCCGUCUUUCCGUUUGCACGGACUGCACCUGGGCGACCUGUCCUUCCAGAUACGCGAGCUACCCGGCAGAGUAGUGCGGGCUCCGUCGAUCAGGCGGGAAGAGCAGCUACGCGGAAAGUGGGUACGACUCCCCAAGAAGCUGGAAAGUUGGAAGAGGAGUUUUAUGCGCCAGCAAGAAGGGGCGGUGCAGGAGGGAGUGAGAGCCGUGACUCAGUCGCCGCAACCGCAACCACUUCCACUUCCACUUCCUCGGAAAUCGUAGUCGACCGUGAGAGUGGACGUGAGAAGACAGAGUACGGAGACGGAGAGGUGGAGGUGAUUGAGGAAGACUGGGAUCGGUGGUCGUUGUUCGAGGCCGAGUUAGGCCUUGAUGAGUACGGCUUUAAAAUCAACAUGACGUCUUCUCAGCGGGAAACGGCUCGAAGGUUCUUGGGCUUGGCCAGUCUGUUCAGGAAGAAGAAGCGCAUCGUGGGGCACGUCAGGCGUUUUGUGCGCAAAGCUUUCGGCUACGGAGCGUUUACGAUCGGCGGGCUUUUGGGGCCGAGGGCGACCGUGACCAAUUUUGGAGAUUCCGGUCCUGGGACUCUUCGGUCUCUGUGCGGACGUAGAGGUCCGCUGUACAUCCGCUUUGCUGGGAGUGGUGUCAUCCGGUUGAAGUCGAGACUCGAGUGCAGUUCCCACAAGACCAUCGACGGAGCGGGAUCGAGCGUCAAGAUCACCGGAUGGGGUAUUAGCAUCAACGGCCAGCACGACGUCAUCGUGAAGAACUUGUGCAUUGCUGGUGUCAAGCAGGACGGCAUAACCAUUCGCUCAAGCUCGAACGUCUGGAUCGAUCGCUGCUCCAUUACCAAGGUUGGGGAUGGGGGUACCGAUGUGAUCUACGGGUCGCAUGGAGUGACCAUUUCUCACUGCCAUUACUUCAACAUUUGGAAGACUCUGCUGCUGGGGAACGGCAACAACAACAACGUCGACAAAAUGAUGACGGUGACUUUGGCAUUCAAUUGGUUCCAAAGCUGCAUAUCGCGCAUGCCACGUGUUCGCUUCGGCAAGGUCCACGUCUGCAGCAACGUCUACGACAAGUGGGUGCGCUAUGCGGUCGGAGGCUCAGCGGGAGCGAAGGUUCUUGUGGAGAAGAACUUCUUCAAUGCCGGGCGCGAUCCGUGGGUGAACAACCUCCACGAGGGGGAGCACGACGGGACCAAGAUCAUGUAUAGGAACAACUUCAUGGGAGCUGCACGAUUGCUUCGACAAGCUGUAGGAGUGGUCAUGGUUCCAUAUUUCUGCCCCCGCCAAUCGAUGCAAGCCAUUCGAUCGAAUGCCGGAUGCGGAUUCCAGUGCAGUGCUUAAACCGAACUGCUUUUGCAUUUCCUCUUUCGCUCUCUUAUUUAUGCCGAGCUAUGUAGUGCGUAAACCGAACUGCUUUCGCAUUUCGUCUCUCGCUCUCUAUUUUAUGCAGAGCUUUGUCGCUUUCUUGUGCUCUUCGAGUUUUUUCUUCUUCUUUGAGGUCGAUAAACGAUUAAGACGGCAAGAGUGCGGGAUCCGUAUGAAUUCCUUGACAAGUGUCGGGAAUAAAUAGACUGGCGCGCAUGGAGCACAUGUACAUGUCUGGUCAGGAAGAACUGCGAGGGAAUUGACGAAAGUGGACGGAGAACCGUUCAUACGUCUAUGAUGGUAGGCUAUUACAAGAACCGCGUCGACAGAGUAGUAUCGAUGCCUCCUCCUCAGUGCAAACUGUAGUAUCGAUGCCGCCUCAGUGCAGAGUGUAGUGCAGACUGUGAAGGUACUACGUUAAUUGUUAGUAUGUUGUAUGUGGUCCAGGAGAAGAGGGAGGAGCACAGAUCGAAAUGGCCAUCUAAAAUGUGCAGGCAGCUUGGCGGUGACCCUAGUUAGUUAAUCAAGAAGGGAGAAAGUUUCUGCUGCGAUGAUCUCAUUUGCACCCUAUUUUACGGUGCGUCGUCUUACAGCCAUCCCUUGGACAUGGUUCGAGAGAUGGGCUAGAACACUCACAACCAUCCCUUGGAGAUGGUUCUACAGAUGGGCUGGAAGAACACUGUUCUCGAGAUGGUAGAACACUGUUCUGUUCUGUUCUGUUCUGUUCUGGAGAUGGCUAGUAAGAUGUGCACAAUCAUCUCGAAGAAUUGUCGUCGCGGGAGGAUCGUUCAGAAUGUUGUCAUGUCAGAAGCAAGUGCCUCUCGGUAGUUAUGUGUGAGAGGCAAGUAUGUGCUUCGUCGGGUUCUUGGGGGGAGAGAGAGAGAGAGAGAGAGAGAGAGAGAGAGAGAGAGAGAGAGAGAGAGAGAGAGGGAGGAACGAAGAGGGCUGAGAAGCCAAUCGAAACUGUGAAUCUAUUGCAUGGCACCUAGGCAUAGAAAGUUAGGGUUAUUUCUGAAACCUUUUCAUGAUUGGCAGGCUACAGCUGUUGUAUCAGAGUGGAACGUGGGCCGAUGAGCCUUGUGCAUGAACCGUGCGGGCUGAUACCUGCGUUCAGCAGAGACUGCCCCUGCAGUCGCAUUCGUUCCCCAUUUGUCGCUCUGAGCUGCGGGCCAUGAAUGAUCUGCCGCAGGAAAGUGCAUUUACAUUGACUUCGCGCGGCAUUAUCGGUCUUCUCUAUCUCCAUGUGAUCCGCCGAUUUUCCUCUCCAAAUCGACUCCGGUUUUCUGUCUCUUCGGCUCCUCCAGAAUAUCGCCAUCUUGAUCGAGCGGCAUCGUCACUUACUACCUUAGACCCCUUUCCGGUGCUUUUCGUAAAAAUCUUGGCUGUCGUUCUUUGACCCGGAUGACCAUUUUCUUGGCAGGUUUGUUUUAAAAUUAUUGUCCUUUUUUUUUCCCCCCUUCUCGAGUGCGGCGAUUGAUACCGAGUAAGUGGAGGAGGUGUCGCCUCUCAUGAACUUGUGUGAGCUGCGCAUCCUGCCCUUAGUUUUGGACAUAUGAGUAGAGUGAUAUUUCCUUCGAUUUUGCGCACUGCUACGUAGGCUCGCCCCCAUUUUACUGUGUCUCUUAUGUACCACUAAGUAUCCUGACGUAACUAAAGACUACGUAACAGCUUGCAUGCGUUCUAACUAAAGACUACGUAACAGCUUGCAUGCGUUCUAUCCACUGAUUCCACGCUUCGCGCGGUAGGAUUAGGAUUAGUUAUGUAUCAUUAUUUAUCCUUGGAACUGCUACGUAGGCUCGCUUCCAUUUCACUGUUUCUCUUACGUACCACUAAGUAUGCUGACGUAACUAAAGACUGAGUAAAACAGCUUGCAUGAG